CCUACGGGAGAGAGCACCAAAAUGGCAGAGAAUCAGGAACUGUUCUGUUGCUCCAUCUGUCUGGGUCUACUGAAGGAUCCGGUGACUACUGCCUGUGGACACAGUUACUGUAUGGGAUGUAUUAAAGAAUGCUGGGAUCAGGAUGAUCUGAAAGGUUUCUACAGCUGUCCACAGUGCAGACAGACCUUUAACCCAAGGCCUGUUCUGAACAGGAGCACUGUGCUGGCUGAGGUGGUGGAGAAACACCGCUAUGCUGGACCUGGAGAUGUGGCGUGUGAUGUCUGCACUGGGACCAGAAAGCAGAAAGCCCUCAUGUCCUGUCUGGCGUGUCUGGCCUCUUACUGUGAGACUCACCUCCAACCUCACUAUGAAUCUCCUGCUUUCAAGAAGCACAAGCUGGUCAAAGCCACCGCACAACUACAGGAGAAGAUCUGCUCUCAUCAUGACAAACUGCUGGAGGUUUACUGUCGUACCGAUCAGCAGUGUAUCUGUAUGCUGUGUACAAUGGAUGAACAUAAAGGCCAUGAUACAGUGUCAGCUGCAGCAGAGAGGACUGAGAAACAGAGGCAGCUGGGGAUGAGUCAGCAGAAGGUCCAGCAGAGAUUCCAGGAGAGAGAGAAGGAGCUGAAGGAGCUCCAACAGGCUGUGGACGCUCUGCACAGUCAGCAGUGGAGGACAGUGAUCAGAUCUUUACUGAGCUGAUCCGCUCCAUUGAGAAAAUGAGCUCUGAGGUGAAGGAGCUGAUCAGAGCCCAAGAGAAGUCUCAAGUGAGUCAAGCUGAAGAACUCCUGGAGCAACUGAAGCAGGAGAUAGCUGAGCUGAGGAAGAGAAGCACUGAGCUGGAGCAGCUCUCACACACAGAGGAUCACAUCCAUUUCCUCCAGUACUUUGGAGAUGUGAGUAAGACUGUGUCUGAACUGAGAGAGAAACUAGAAGACUUCCUUAAAGGAGAAUGGACCAAGAUCUCCACUACAGUGAAUAUAGUGGAUGUUGUACUGCCUCCAGAGCCCAAGACCAGAGAACAGUUGUUACAAUAUUCCUGUCAGCUCACACUGGACCCAAACACAGCACACACAUACCUCUCUCUGUCUAAAGGGAACAGAAAGGUGACCUAUACAGACCAAGUCCAACCAUAUCCUGACCAUCCAGACAGAUUCACCAACUACUGUCAGGUUCUGUGUAGAGAGGGUCUGUCUGGACGCUGCUACUGGGAGGUGGAGUGGACUGGGGAGUGGGUUUAUACAGCAGUCUCAUAUAAAGACAUCAGCAGAACAGAGACAGAUAGUGGAUUUGGAUACAAUAACAAGUCCUGGAGUCUAAAGCGCUCUAGAGAUGGUUAUUGUUUCAGACACAAUAAUGUUGAGACUAAAGUAUCAGGCCCUCUGUCCUCCAGAGUAGGAGUGUACCUGGAUCACAAGGCAGGUACUCUGUCCUUCUACACUGUCUCUGACACAAUGACCCUCCUCCACAGAGUUCAGACCACAUUCACUCAGCCCCUCUAUCCUGGGUUUAGGCUCUAUUUUCCACUUUUCUAUGGUACUGCUGAGCUGAUAACUGUAAACUGAUUUGUUAUUAAUUAA